UACAGUGCUACCACUAUUCUGACGGCACCUGACAAGAGUGUGAGGAUGGAGAAGAACGUAGGUGUUGACCUGCAGAUGGAGACAGCAGAGGGAGGCCUAAAGGAGCUGGUGCUGAGGUGGUUCACUGAGACGCAAGCAGGGCUCAUCCUGAACAAUGGAAACUUCCCUGACUGGUUUCAAGGCUUCGCUGCGAGAAAGGACGCGGAAGAUCUACUGAGAGAUAAAGCUCUGGGCUGUUUUCUCAUUCGCCUCAGUGAUAAAGCCAUCGGCUACAUCCUGUCCUACAAGGGCCACGACAGGUGCCGUCAUUUUGUCAUCACCCAGAAUCAAGAUGGGCAGUUUGUCAUAUCAGGAGACUGUCAGACUUACCACAGUCUCACAGAGCUGAUAGAGCACUACAAGGUCAGCCCCAUCCAGCCCUUUGGAGAAUACCUGACCUCCAGCUGUUAUGAAGAAAACACAGGUGAACUGUAUGACGUGGUGAAUUACAACACCAAAGGCAAGUCGGGGGUGAGUGUCCAAGCUCUGCGGAAUCUGUGGGACCAGAAAAACGAUCAUCACAGCAACCCUGGCAAGAAUCAAAGGAUUCAGCAGCAAAAUGACGCUUCCACAGUGCAGCCACCUUCACUGCCACCUAAAUCCAAAAGCAGAAAGCUGACAGGAACAGUGUCUGUAGAUGCAAUGUCCCUCUCACAGGGUGUACCUCCAGUACCAAAAAGAUGCAUUCCUCUGGGAUUCUCUCUGAGUGGAUCUUUGCCUGAAACGACUUCACAUCCAAGUGAAACUGAGACAAACAGAUCAGAGAGACUGCAAGGAGACACAACCCCAGUGCCAAUGACAGACAGAGACUCAUUUAAUACCAGUGACACAAGCUAUCCUGGGGAUCUUUGUCCUCCUGGUACCACAUACUCUGAGCUGACACAGGUGGAGAGCAGGAGCAGAUCUUUGCCACAACUGGACAACAACAAUAUGGAGGAGGAGGAGUACUCUAACCAGAUGAGUAGUCCCUCCUUCACAACAUCAGCAUCUUAUUCACCCACUCCACUGAAGAGAGUUACCUGCCACACCUACUCCCUCCAUGAUCCCAGAGCUCAGAGGCCGAGCACCUCCAGGUCAGAGCAGCAGAGCGAUGAUCUGGAAAUGUUGAGGUCCAACCCGCUGUACCAGGCCUCUGUGGGGCCAGGAGGGAGUUCAGCUCAGCAAGGAGAUGGCACGUAUGCUGAGGUACCCCAGGUGCCAACACCUGCUGGUCUACCUGAUGACACCUAUGAGCAGAUCCCCGGGGAAGCCGCCGCAGCAGUCCAAGGCAACACUUAUGAGUCGCUGGAUGAUAUGAAGUCUAAGAAGUCCAAAUCUACCUGGGGGAAAAGUAACAUGAAAUGGAAGAAAUUCCUUCCUGAUUACAUGAAGAAAUAAAUGCGACAAAAAGGACUCGGCAUGUGGAUGACUUUGUGUUCAAGCGCAGAGUCAACCGUUUGAUUUUUAGAAAUGAAAUGAGUAUUACAAAUGUAUCAAAAUAUUAUAAUAGUAUUUUAUUAAGUAUGAGACUGUAUAAUCUAAGAUGUCUAAAUACUGCAACAAAAAAAAUUAACUCUGUAUAAAUUCAGCAGUAGUUAUCAUUUUAGUGUAUUCAGGUUAUUUUCCUCACGUUUU